AUGGAUACAACAAAAACAUUUAUGUGUUUAACGUUUGUCGAAGUAGCUGCUUCACUUUGUGAAAUCGAGACUCUUUCGAAAGGAAUUAAUACUGAUUAUCCACCGGAUUAUAGCGUGAAACUUAGUUCUCAAUGGAAUCCUCCGACUAGAGGUUUCGAUGAGGCUAAUGAGGCAAUUUCUCCUUGUGGCGGGUUUAACUCGGUCAAUACUUCCGCAAUAACUAAAUUCCCCGUUACACAAGGUCGUGCUACAAGUUUCUUCUAUGAUGGUGAUGGAACUCUUACCUAUUUUUAUGCUCCUGAUCUAAACUCCACUUUUCUUCAAGUAUCAGACCCCGAAACCUAUUCUCAGCUCGCGAACGCUCAAAAAUCGGUUACUGUCAACUUGACUAGAGCUAAUGCAACCGUUGGUUCUCAAGGUGUUCUUCAAGCUGUUUUCAAGUUAUCUGAUAUUAAUAGUUCUUGGUAUCAAUGUGCUGAUAUUCAAGUUGUUAACUCUGUUUCGGCUAACUCGGCUAACUCUAUUGCUAUGGUUUCACCUCAGAUUGGAGCAAUUACUCUUUUUGUUGGGUUUAUUUCAGUUCUUAUUAUUGGAAUUUGA